UGCGCUCCCGAAGGGGCGGAACCAGGCCGGUUGCGCGCGCAGAAGGCCAGCGUACGGGAGCGGUGCAAGAUGGCAGCGUCCUUGUUCCGAGCUUCGCUGAGGGGCGGGAGAACCGGCGUCCAGCCGGGCUGCGGGCUACGGUGGCUGGUGAGGGCGCUGAGCCUGGAGAGCCAGACCCAGGGGCCUCCUGAUUACCCCAGCUUUGUGGAGUCUGUGGAUGAAUACCAGUUUGUGGAGCGCCUGUUACCCCCUACUCGCAUCCCGAAGCCCCCAAAGCAUGAACAUUAUCCCACUCCUAGUGGCUGGCAGCCACCCAGAGACCCCCCACCUAACCUGCCCUACUUUGUGAGGCGCUCUCGUAUGCACAAUAUCCCUGUCUACAAGGACAUCACACAUGGCAACCGCCAGAUGACUGUGAUCCGAAAGGUGGAGGGGGACAUCUGGGCCCUGCAGAAGGAUGUGGAAGAUUUUCUGAGUCCACUGCUCGGGAAGACACCAGUCACCCAGAUCAAUGAGGUGACAGGUACCCUGCGGGUCAAGGGCUACUUUGACCAGCAGCUCAAAGCCUGGCUCCUGGAAAAGGGCUUCUGAGGCCCACCUGAGCAGCCUGCCUGACAGCGUUCCCCACAGCUAGAGUCUGGGGUGGGGGCGGGCCAGGAGGGAGAUGGCUGUAGGACCAACCAGGACAGCAGGUAUAAAUGGCAGGGCUGAGAGCGUCGACGGGUUAAAUGAGGGCUGAGGGCUUCAGAGCAGGCCUUGCUCACAUUAAGGGGGAACGGGACCCUCUACACAGGGGCCAGCACUGGGGGCGGGCUGUCUGACAUUGGACCCUACCUUCGUUGGAGCUCACUGGGCUCAGCUCUUUAAAUUCUGAAGGUUGCUGACUGCCCCUCUGGGGGAAUAGCCCAAUCCAGUUCAGGGCAGGGUGGCACAGGGCAAACGCACUGAGCACCUGCCUUCCUUGGCCCUCAGACCCUCACUACCACAAAUACCCUUAAGCCCUUGCUCCAGGCCAGACCCGGCUUGGUGGAGGCUACGGAGGACACAGGGAACUCAGGCGUGGGUCCUAGAGGUCUUCAUUUCCCAGCGCGGUCCUGGGCAUAGGCAUAAAGCACCCACGUCAGCCCCUUGGCUUGUUCUUUUCACCCUUGGAGAAGGCGGCCCAGUGGCCUUUGCUCCAUUCUAGGCCAGAGUUGGGCGUGACUAGGUUUCUAGCUCCAGGAAGCUAAGUGGUUAGCUUUAGCUGGUCUGUCCACGAGGGGGUGCUUGGGAGAUUCUAGCGGUCCAGCGCAGAGCAAGCCAUUCUUGCCAGCUUCCUGACCUGGUGUCAGGGGUGGUCAGGGCCUUUGCGGGAAAAAAGAUGCUGGCCUUCUGCCCCUGUCAUCAUUCCCAUCCCACUCUGGGCCCGUGGGCCUUCACACUUGCUCCGUCCUUGGGAGUUCUAAAAGCUUAACUCUCUGGGGCUUGGUUUCUUCGUCUGGAAAAUGGAGAUACUGUUGUAAUGGUUUAAUGUCUAAAGAAACCGUCACCCCCCCCCCCCCGGGAUUCUCCAGUCUACAGCCUGAGCAAGAAGACCACUCCCGGCACACUGACCCCAUGACACUAGCUCCACCGGUCAUUAAUGCAAGUCUUUAUUUGGCGGUAUAUACAAUUUGAGCUAUUAAAAUGUGUACAAUAUUUACAAAUUAAAUAAUCAUCUGAAACGGU